GCUAGCAAUUGGUAUUUUUCGACGCUCUUUUUCAAAUAAUAAUAGUUAAUUACACUAAACAUUUUUAACAUGAUUACGUACGAAUCUACUAUAUGAUAUAAGAUUAACAACAAUCAAGCAAAGUUGUAUUUCUCAUACUCACAGAGCUCAAAGAUCUUACAACAUGGGUACUCUCGACUUGCCUCACGCUUCAUCAUUCAAGGAUCAGGGAGGAAGUGAAACAUUUCUUCGUGAUGUGCUUGAAAGUAUACUUAAAACGUACUUGAGGAAGAAUCCGAUGGCCAAGACGGUAUGGGAACUAGUUCAGUCUGUGGACAACGAAAAGAUCUCCUACGACCACUUCUUUUUCAGGACAUUCAAGGUUGAUGGUUAUGGGAUAGAAUCUUUGUCGAGCUUUUUCAUGGAUUAUGGAUAUAAAAUUGGAGGCAGACUUGAAUUUCCAAAAAACAAAGUACAACUUGUGUGGCUUUCUCCUCCGGAUAUUCACGUCUCGGGUGAUGGUCACGGUCUAGGCAAUGGCCCUUUGCCACGGCUUGUUAUAGCUGAGCUUCUUGUGGACGAAUUAAGCCUUGAAUCACAGGAGAUAAUAAGGAAGUAUUUGAAACCAGAAGGUGGUAAGCAAGCGAUUCUUUCAAGUACUUUGGGGUCUUUAAUUUGGGAAAAGCCAACAUCCGCCGAAUUUAAUCAACUUGUCAAAGAGAGUGAGUAUGCGGCAUGGGCGCUUAUCCACGGCUACACAUUGAACCAUCUUGCUGUUGCGGUUCAUCGACUUAAACAUCGUUUCAGUGACAUUAACUACGUCCAAGAGUACUUCCAAGAAAAUGGAUUCAAACUGAACAAAGUCGGAGGAGAUAUUCUUAACGAGAGUGAAGACGGUCUACUCUUACAAGUGACGUUGGCGUCGGAGAAAGUUGCGAUUGAAUUUGCAGACGGGGUAACUGAACCCAUCACAGCUUCAUUCAUUGAGUUUGUUCAACGUCUAGUUCUUCCACAGUUCAAAGAUGUACCGAUUGAUGAGAUCAAAGAAUUUCAUAGACGUGAGGGACUCGAGCAAGCUAACGCCAACCGCAUUAUGCAAAGCACCCUUUCACAGCACAAGAAUGAAACCAACUGACUUGUCUUGUUCAGCUCACUGUAUGUCAAAUUUGUGUGUGUUUAAUUGUUCGUAUGGGAUUUGGAUCAUUUGCAAGCAAGAUCAAAUUAUUUGUAUGUGUUUAACCUACAUAACCUCUCAUGAUGGCUGAUGAAUAACGGAGAACACAAUGUCAUGGUGUGGUAUUUGUUGUGUUUUUCCUUUUCCAAAUAUAAUAAUUUGUG